GCCCCGAGCCGGCCGGGGAGCUAAGAGAGCCCCGCAGAGUGGCCGCGCAGGGAGCGAAGUUCUUCGGGACGGAGGGGACUGAACGUGUCCAGAACGCCUGGGGGACACCCAAGGCAGGGGCGGCCAGGGCCUGACUGAGGCGUCUGCGGCCGGCCUGGAGGGCAGCGGCCGCCGCGGGUAGGGGCAGAGGGACCCAAGAAAAAGUGGGAGCAGGAGCGCCGGGAGCCUCACUCGUCGCUUUUACGUAGAUUCCCCCUUUCUUCUGGGGCGGGCAGGUGCAAAUCCCCGCCAGCUCUAGGGCAUCUGCCGAGGCCAUCGUGCCCUAAGACUGUAGGGAGCCCUCAGCACCUGUCCGGAACUUCUGGGCUCAGUGCUCUUGGGGAGGGUGUGGUCAUGGUGAAUGAAGAUCUCAAUCAGGAGGAGAGAGAUGGGGCCCCUACGCAAGAGUCCUCAGUCUACGCAGAACCCGGAGUCUCUGGCCAUCCCAGCAUGUCAGCCCAUCCCAGCGUCUCAGCCCACCCCAGCGUCUCCGGGCAUCCCAGCAUCUCCGCCCACCCUAGCAUCUCGGGCCAUCCCAGCAUUUCUGCCCGUCCCAGCGUCUCAAUGCACCCCAGCGUCUCUGCCUACCCCAGCAGUUCUGCUCAUCCCAGUGGCUUAGCCCAAGCCAGCGGCCUGGCCCAACGCAGUGGCUCGGGGCCCGAGGACCUCAGCGUGAUCAAGGUGAGCAGGCGCCGCUGGGCAGUGGUCCUGGUGUUCAGCUGCUACUCCAUGUGCAACGCCUUCCAGUGGAUCCAGUACGGUGCCAUCAAUAACAUCUUCACCUACUUCUACGGGGUCAGUGCCUUUGCCAUCGACUGGCUGUCCAUGUGCUACAUGGUGACCUACAUCCCUCUGCUCCUGCCGGUGGCCUGGCUGCUUGAGAAAUUCGGCCUGCGCACCAUCGCCCUCACUGGCUCUGCUCUCAACUGCCUGGGGGCCUGGGUGAAGGUGGGCAGCUUGCAGCCCCAUCUCUUCCCCGUCACCAUGCUGGGCCAGGUCAUCUGCUCUGUGGCCCAAGUCUUCAUCCUGGGUAUGCCCUCCCGCAUUGCUUCCGUCUGGUUCGGAGCUAACGAGGUUUCAACGGCCUGCUCGGUGGCUGUCUUUGGCAAUCAGCUCGGAAUCGCGAUUGGGUUCUUGGUCCCUCCCGUUUUGGUACCCAACAUCAAAGACCCAGACAAGCUUGCCUACCACAUCGGCAUCAUGUUUUACAUGAUAGGAGGUGUGGCCACUCUGCUUUUCAUCCUUGUCGUCAUUGUAUUCAAGGAGAAGCCUAAACACCCCCCCAGCAGGGCCCAAUCCUUGAGUUAUGCCUUGGCGUCCACUGAUGCUUCGUACUUGAGUGCCAUCAUCCGGCUCUUCAAAAACCUCAACUUUGUGCUGCUUUUCAUCACCUAUGGUCUGAAUGCUGGUGCUUUUUAUGCCUCUUCCACUCUGCUGACUCGUGUGGUGUUGACGCACUACCCGGGUGAAGAAGUGAAUGCUGGAAGGAUCGGCUUGACGAUCGUCAUUGCAGGGAUGCUUGGGGCUGUGAUCUCAGGCUUCUGGUUGGAUAGGUCCAAAACCUACAAGGAGACGACCCUGGUGGUAUAUAUCAUGACUCUGGUGGGCAUGGUGGUGUACACCUUGACCUUGGACCUGGGGCACCUGUGGGUGGUGUUCAUCACAGCCGGCACAAUGGGCUUCUUUAUGACUGGCUAUCUCCCACUGGGAUUUGAGUUUGCAGUGGAGCUGACGUACCCAGAAUCAGAAGGCAUAUCAUCUGGCCUCCUCAAUGUGUCUGCCCAGAUAUUUGGGAUCAUCUUCACCAUCUCCCAAGGCCAGAUCAUCGACAAGUAUGGAACCAUGAAAGGAAACAUCUUCUUGUGUGUGUUCCUUACCCUUGGAGUGGCCCUCACUGUAUUCAUCAGGGCAGAUCUCCGGAGGCAGAAAGCAAACAAAGAAACUCCUGACAAUAAACUCCAGGAGGAGGAGGAGGAGGAGAGCAACACAAGCAAGGCACCCACCACUGUAUCUGAGGAGCGUCUCUGAGAGACAAAGUUGGUGGUGACUCCGGGAAAAUCAAGAAUGUCCCCUUCAUUCAGCACAGCCUUUACUGCAGCACAAAAGUCUUCGCUGGAGAAGCUUUUGGAGGGAGCCAGUUGGAAUAUUUGUUGCUUGGUGCUUAUGCCUCCUGGAACCCACUCAAGGGCUCGGAUGGAGAAAAUUGUGCUCUUCCACCAAAUGCAGAUUCAAAUCCCGCCCUCCCCUUCAUAACUUAAAGGUUAUGGGACCUGGUGUUGGGAAUGUUGGAGUCAGAAUCCUGACUUGGUCCUUUGCCUUCCGUCUUCACCUCUGUCCCUCAUGGAGAAAGCCUGCUCAAUUAUCACGGGAAGAAAGCUUAUUGAGGAUAUUAACUUUUACCGGUGUUUCCAGACCCUCGUAUGAAGCCCAGUUCUAGGGAGUGGCACCUGCUUUGCAUGAGUGUCAUUCCUGGGUCAUCAGAUUGACUGGUAAAGUUCUGUGGGAGAGAACAUCAGAAAAAAUCCAUCAGAACGCUUGGGUCUAGACUCUCCUGGCCUACUGUGUCGGUCUGUCUCCAAACCCUCUUUGAUGAGACCUGAUCAAAGCAAACAUCAAUAAACUUGACAAAAACUUUGUUGUGGCCAAGAAGGAGAAUGGGAUUUGGGAGGGCUACAACUGCCUAGGGGCUACCUUCUGAGCAUGUUUGUGGAGGCCGGUAUCUGGGAACUUUGGUACCUUGAUAUGUGAAUGGGGAGAUUCUUUUCUACAAAAGAAAUCCUUGCCUAGGGACGUGUGUUUGUGUCAGUCACCUCCGAUGCCUUCAUUUGGACCACUGCAUCGGGAAGCUGGGUCCUUGGUCUAAGUGCUUGUUCUCUUCUGAGUGAGGGAAAUCCCAGCCUUUACUGAAAACUAAUCUUGAUUCUUUCCACCCUGAGAGAUUCAAAACCACUUCCGAGAGAUGGAAGGGAUAGAGGAAAAGGUGACCCUUGAAAUGGGAACUGAGUCUGCUUGUAUCAAGCAGAUCCCACCUCUGGGUGGGGACAGUAUUUGCUCAUCCAACUCUCUCCCCGCCCCCUUCUAGCAGUAAUCAUCAGAUGUGCUCAGUUGAAAGGGAUUCCCUUUAAACUGACUCAAACAGGUCUCCUUCCUUGUCUAGCUGGCUGUCUGGCUGAACCCAUGGGCUUCGGUAACUUCUCCUGAAAAUAGGAAUUUUGCUCAUUUUUCCUGUGCAUCGAGCAGCUGUGAUCAUGACCACUGCGCUAUCUUGCUGUGGGCACUGCCCCCUGGCCUCCACUUAUUGGGGCAGCUUGUGUUGGGGUGCUUUGGCCACUGACCCCGAGGGAAGCCAGACUUGGAUGUGUGCACCGACGUGAGCAGUGAACCUGAGGAACACACGGUGUAUGAGAUAAAAGAAGUUCACACUUUUGGUGAGGGGAGUGAGUUAGGGGUAGAAGAGAUGUGAAGAGAAGGUGUGCCUUACUUUUUGAUGAGGAGAAAGGUGUUCACUCUUCAACCCCUUAAAAUGAAUUAUCAAACAUUUACCAAAUCCAUUACUUUCUUUAAAAAA